CUCUUUUCUCAGCUCGCGGUGGCGCUGGCAGCUGCAGAAGUCGCCUCCGUGGGCUCCCGGACCCCUGGCCCUCGGGGUCUCGCAGCACUAGGGCAGAGAAGGGACUGCUCCCCGCGUCGGGGCAGGUCCGGCCGAGCGGGGCCGAGCGCCUGGGGGGGAUCCUCCGCGUGGGGAGAGCACCAGAGGCUCCCGGGGUGCGCGGCUUGAGGGGACCCCACGACCCCCGUCCCCGCCCCGGGCCGCCUCGUCCCGAUCCCUGCGGGCGGCGGUGGAUGGAGCCCCGCAGCCCGGCUCCCCGCGGACUUGAGGUUCGGCCAGCAGCCAGGACAGCAUUUCCAAGGCCAGGACAUGAAGGUCGCUGUGUUGGACCUUGGGUCUCUCUUUGCCAAAAUCUUCAAGACCUCGACGGCGCCCGCGGCGGUUCCCCCGCCGGUCGCCUCCUCCAGCCACUCGCGAGGCGCAGCCACCGCAGGGCCGGCGGGCAUCGGGGCGGGCACCCGGCUUGGCACGGCCCCGACCUUGACCCUCUUUCCAGCCCUGGCGCCCGACUCCCGCUCCGGCUCGCGGGGGGCGCCAGCCCUGCAGCAGCCGACACCCGCCCCGCUCCAUCCUCUGCUCGCCGCCUCCCACCCCCGGGUCUCGGUCGCGAGCCCCACGGCAGAAGCGGGAGGGACCCCCCUCUGGCUGCCCAGUAGCCCGAGAGCAGCCAAAGUCCGGUCCUCGCCCCCGCCCCUGCCCUCGGCCCCCUCCAGCGGCGUCUGCGGCGCAGCCGGCUCCCCCGCCCCCCCGGUGGCCGUGGCGCGGCCGCCCCCGGGCCCUGGCGGGGUCUGGGCGGCGCUGCCGUCCAUCGGGGGCUCCGCGGGCAGCGGCAGUGUGACCGCAAGCCCACCGAGCCCUCGCCCGCCCGGCCCCGGGGAGCGGGAGCCCGGCACUCGGGUACCCCCCGGGCCUGGCCCCAAGACCCUGUUCUGCACCCUGCCGGACCUCGGCGAGGAGUGGGCCUCGGACAGCGACUCGGAGGACGGCCGAGAAGCGUACCAAAUGCUGUGUGCAUAUUCUAUAAUCAUUGCCGUGAAUCCCCAAAACAAACAUACAAGAAGAGGGCUGCCAGAAGGAUCUGGAAAGCAGAGUUUUGCUGUGAAAAGCAAAGAUCCUUUACCUACACAUUUUACAAGAAAUGUACAGAAAGCCAUUGAUAAAUAUACCUGUGAAUCCGCGUCAUCAUUUUCAUCAAGUGGAAGCCCCACGCCCACAGAAGCUCCCAACUCCUGGUCUGGGUCUGGGACACAGAGUUCAACCACAGGCUUAUCAACCGAGAGGAGCUCCAUUUACUCUUGGAGAGAUGACGAGUUUGACAAAGCCAAUGCACAGAAAGUACAGCAGUUAUUCUGGGAGGUCGAGGAAAUGUUAUUUGAAGGGAAAGUAAGCCCUCAGACCCAGAAUCUACGGGCUGAAUGCAGUGAGUGGGCAAGAAGGUCCCUCCAUCUGAGAGUAUUAGGAAGACAGCUCAUCCUGCCCACUGAUGAAGGGGUCCGGCAUUUCCAGGGCAGCAAACCUGCUUCUGCCGUCCACAGACCCUUCUUUGACGACUGUGAACCCAGCAGCAACAUCAGAGAGCUGUGCAUCUCCGGCUCUCAAAUAGUCCCGGCCGCACUCUCAGCCCUCACCCUGCCAGGUCCUGUUGGCACAGGGGUUGCGGACCUCACGGCAUGUUCAUCCCUGGAAGAAGAGGUUUAUGAUGUGGAUGGAAAGAUUGAAGAGUAUUUCGCUUUUGACAGAAAAGAAGAUGACGAGGACUGUCUUGAACAAAACCCAGCUCAUCAUCACAGGACGUGGCAUAAGCACGGACUUCCUCCUGUAUCCCCGCAUGACUGUGUCAGAGACGCGGUGGCUGCAGAAGUGUUUGAUCACGUCUGGACAGCUGUGGUGGAAAUACUGGAAAAGCUGAUUAGAAAAAACUGGGAAAUUACACUCACAGAAGGAAAAAAACAGAAAGAAAAAUUGAAAGUAGCUGAGAAUAAAUCUCCACCUCUGGUCAUUUCCUGUAUUAAUGCUGAUGUGUCCAGUGUUCCCCCGUCCAGAAGUUCUGAAACUCGAAGUGUAAUCCUGGCUUCUCAUCUUAACCCACCUCAGAUUCACCGCUUCUCCAAUAAUUUUUAUAGUGACUUGAAUGGUGUGAUGACAAUUCAAGCAAAACCACUUCAGCAGAGACCUACCUAUUCUGCAGAUAGAACACAGGGUGAGCAAGAGGACAAAUCACUGGGUGUAGGGGCCGGUGCUCUUUCCUCGGCCCCCCACCGGCUGGCACGGAUCUUGGAUGCUCGCGGGCUACAGACUUCUGCAAAGAAAACACUGGCAUACACGAGGCUGCCUUCUCUUACCUCAGAAUCACAGAGAGUAAAAAUCCCCAGUGUGUACAGUGAUGAAGUUCUUAGGGGAACAAAACUGCAAACUGGCAUGGACCGCACGGCCUCCCCACCAGUUCAGACCUCAAGGAGCAGGUUGCCACCAAUAGGCUCAGAAACUGGGGAGCAGAAUAUGGCAGUUCCCGGAUCGCGCCCUGUUUCUUUCAGAGGAAGGCAUCCACAAAACCAUGUGUUGAGCGCAGUACCUGUCUGUGUAGAACGAUCACCCCUUCAAGAAAGAUCUCUGGCCACGGAACAGUUUUAGCCCAGCACAACCCAUACAUUUCGGUCAGAUACGCCUCGGAAAGGUUCCUUGACACUGAGGGAAUUUGCUGGUCACACAUGGACAGGUCAAGGUUUUUUGACAGGUUCACAAUUUCCACCAAAAUCUUUUCAGAGGACAACUUUGACUUUCAGAAAGAGAUUCCAAGUGACGUCUUGAUGUGACUUCACCAGGGCUACAACACCGGCUGGAGCAUUCAAAGCCUCAGUACACCAUUUAUCACUUGAAAAAUAGAAGAAGUAUUGUUAUGUAUCUGUCUGACAGUCUGAGAUGUUAGACUACCUGAGAGAAAUGCAAACAAAUAAACAACUUAAUUUUGAA